AUGAAAUCAUUCCAAGAACAGUCACUUGUCGUACCCAACUCGACCUUUAUAGCGGGGGGUUGGUUGACGGUUGCCCAGGAUCAAUGCUUUGUUGUGUAUGAUCCUGCUACGUCAAAGCCUGUGGCAUACGUCCCUGAUCUAGACUCACGGCAAUGUGAGCAUGCAGUGGAGACUGCAAAAGAGGCUAGAAAGAAGCUGGCCUUAUUGACUGCCAAGGACAGAAGCCGGAUGCUUAGGAAGUGGUUUGACCUGGUUCAGGCAGCAGCCGGCGAUCUUGCCGACAUCAUCACAGGAGAAAAUGGCAAGCCUCUGGCAGAAGCGAAGGGAGAAGUGAAAUACGCUAGCGACUUUAUCGACUGGUUCUCUGGUGAAGCAGAGAGAUUCGAUGGAGCGGUCUACCAAUCAUCGAAUCACAACAGUCGUAUUGUCACCAUCAAGCAACCGGUAGGCGUCGUUGGCAUCGUGACGCCAUGGAACUUCCCAGCCGCCAUGGUGACAAGGAAGGUCGCUGCAGCUCUCGCAGCGGGGUGUCCAUGCGUGAUAAAACCAGCCCCCGAAACACCUUUGAGUGCAAUUGCCCUGGCUCAUCUUGCCCACCAGGCGGGGUUUCCAGCAGGGUCUUUGAGUAUUGUAACGACGAAGAGGCACACGGUGCAGGUUGGCAAGGUCUUGACCCAGCAUCCAGACAUUAGGAAGUUCUCCUUUACUGGCUCUACGGCAGUGGGCAAGGUGCUUGCCGCACAAUGCACCGGCACCAUGAAGAGGGUCAGUCUGGAGCUUGGUGGGAACGCUGCCGUCAUUGUCUUUGACGAUGCCGACUGCGAGAAAGCCACAGAGGGCAUCAUGGCGAGCAAGUUUCGCCUCUCAGGGCAGACGUGCGUGUGCGCCAACCGUGUCUAUGUUCACUCUAGGAUAUACGACAAGCUGGCGGCUACGCUCGUUACCAUGGUCAAACAGCUCAGGCUCGGGGCUGGACGUGACCCAGAGACCACCCUUGGACCCCUCAUCACCGAAGCUGCCGUGGAGAAGGUCGACAUGCAUGUCCGCGACGCAGUGGCGCGAGGGGCCAGAGUAUUGACGGGAGGGUCUCGAGCGACCAAACUUGGAGCAACGUUUUUCGAACCAACAGUUUUGGUUGACGUGGCCGCGGACUCGAUAUAUGCGACUGAGGAGACGUUCGGACCCCUUUUGCCUCUUUUCAAGUUUGAAGAUGAGCAAGAAGUCAUCAAACUUGCGAAUGCUCCUUCAGUUGGUCUCGCGGGUUACUUUUUCACUCAGGACAUUGCUCGUGCGUGGCGAGUCGCCGAGGCUCUGGAGGUGGGCAUGGUCGGAGUCAACACUGGCCUUAUUAGCAAUGUCGCCUCACCGUUCGGUGGCGUGAAGGAGAGUGGGCAGGGUCGAGAGGGCUCCAAAUUGGGAAUUGAAGAAUUUCUUGAGGUCAAGAGUAUUACAUUUGGAUUAUAG